UCUCGAAUUCUCGUUCCUGACAACCGAUCGCUGGUACCGCUAUUGUAGGCUAGACUAUACAGAGCAGUGAGUACACUUGUCCCAUUGUUACAACUUGCCAUCUAUUCAACUAUUUUCACUGGCUCGUGCUACACGUAGUUUCAAAAUUGUUAUAGAUUACUAGAGACGGCGUGAAUAACGUAUGAUCUCACUCUAUCCGCGACUUCGCUUGUGGCGCGUGGCAGCGUUAGCUUAGUUUUUUUUUAAAAAACAAGGUCAGCUCUCGCCACAGGUCACCUCUUGCCGUCUAGCUACGUAUACUCCAUCCCCGGCACGCCGUGUAUACAGAUACAGCAUCUCUACGAGCUCCUGGACCCUUGUCCAUAUAUUAGUACUCCACGCGCGCCGGCCUUGCAUUGCUAAUCACCAUCGAUAUAAUCACACACGCUAGCUGCAACACUGCAAGGGCACAAGCUUCCUCACCAGGCCACUAGCUAACAAGAAGCUCAAAUCUUCUUUCCUCUCCUCUCUCGAUCGGUCGGUCGAUCUGUGUGUUGCUGGCUGGCAUCGACCGAACGGCGAUCGAUGGGUCGGCCGCCGUGCUGCGACAAGGAGGGCGUGAAGAAGGGGCCGUGGACGCCCGAGGAGGACCUCAUCCUCGUCUCCUACGUCCAGGACCACGGCCCCGGCAACUGGCGCGCCGUCCCAGCCAACACAGGUCUGAUGCGGUGCAGCAAGAGCUGCCGGCUGCGGUGGACCAACUACCUCCGCCCGGGGAUCCGGCGCGGCGGCUUCUCCGACAAGGAGGACAAGCUCAUCGUCCACCUCCAGGCGCUCCUCGGCAACCGCUGGGCCGCCAUAGCAUCCUACCUACCCGACCGCACCGACAACGACAUCAAGAACUACUGGAACACACACCUCAAGAAGAAGCUGCUCGUGCCCCAGCAGCAGCAGCAGCGCGCCUCGCCGCCAACGCCGUCCAAGGGGCAGUGGGAGCUCACGCUGCAGACCGACAUCGACCUCGCCAGGCGCGCCCUGCGCGAGGCUCUCUCCGUCGACGCCGCCGGCCCGACGGGGAGGACCACGAGCCCGGCGUUGUCGGCCGACGAGCAGGCAGUACAGGCGUACGCGCGCAACGUCUCCAGGAUGCCGGACGCGUGGUCGGUGCCAGCUGGGAAGAGCCGCGGCGGCAGCCCGGCGACGCCGACGCCCCGCGCGGCCGAAAGCGCGUCCGGGUCGACGUCGGACCUCACCGAAUGCUCCGGCUCCAGCGCGCCUACCAACUGCGCUGCACGUGUGGCGGAGCCGCUGUUCCGGCGCGAGGCGGACGCGGCAGCCGGGGAUGUGCCGCUGUCGGCGAUCGAGUCGUGGCUGCUGGAGGACGAAGGCGGCGAGCACCAGCCGGCGCAGGAGGGCCUGCUGCUCGAUACCGCGCUGCAUAAUUUCGCCCUCUAAAGUCUAAUAAUUAAUGGGAUGUCAUUAAUUAUGCGAAUUAAUUUAGACUCUCUAUGUUGCUUAAUUUAUCCUAGGUAAGAGUCGUUGCUGCAUUUCAUCCGUACAAGAGUACGCGGGUGACUGAUCAUUUGUAUUCCCAAAGUAAGAUCACGAUGAGAGCCAAUUUGAAAUGUCAACAAAGAAUUUGAUGAAAUUUCACGGAAAAA